AUGGUAUCGUGUGGCCGGCUGGCCGCUGCGCGCUACCCCCUAAUCCCGUCUCCCCGGAGAGCCAGCGGCAUACUCCGGCCGCCGCGCCGAGAGCUACGCAGCUGGUCGAUCAUGUCGUCCUCCGAAGAGGAGAAGGCGGCCGGCGCCAAUGGCGAGCAGCGGCUGGAGGAGGGAGAGGACGAGGGCGUGCUGGCGGCGGCGAUGGAGCAGCUGGCGGCGGAGGGGGUGCGGGCGCUGCACGCGCGGGUGGAGGCGGAGUGGGACCCCGUGCUGCAGAGCGCGUGCCAGACGGCGGCCGUGCGGGCGCUGUGGGCGAGCGCGGUGCGGGACCCGGCCGCCGGGGUGCUGGCCGGGGAGCGCCACCUCAGGGGCCUCCACGAGAAGAUGCGCCGCGACGAGCGCACCGGCGCGCGCGAGGUGCACGGGGUCAUGAUCGCCGUGCGCACGCUCUGGUUCGACGCCCGCAUCGAGGCCGCCGUCGCCGGCCUCGGCGGCGCCGCGCAGGUCGUCCUCCUCGGCGCAGGGAUGGACGCAAGAGCCUAUCGACUGGGCUGCCUAAAGGAAUGCGCCGUAUUUGAACUCGACUUUGCAGAUCUCCUAGAUAUGAAAUCAGAUAUUCUGCAUGAAGCAAUGAGUUCUGGAAAUCAUCAAAAACUCACCAUGAUGGCAAAAUCAUUGACUAGAGUUCCUGCUGACAUACGAGAUGUUGACUGGAUGACCAAGCUACAGAGUUGUGGGUAUGUUCCUGAAAGAAAUACUGUAUGGGUUCUUGAAGGAAUCCUCUAUUACCUUCAUCAUGUGCAUGCGAUGCAAGUCCUUGAAACCAUUGCGGCAUGCCGCACCUCAGCCUGCACGGUCCUCCUUGCUGACUUUAUGAACAGGAAUGCGGCGUCACUGUCGCAGACGAUGUACCAUUUCUACCACGACAGCCCUGAUCUCCUACUGCCUUCUAUCGGGUUCUCUCAGGCAAUGUUGUCACAAAUUGGAGAUCCCCAAGCACAUUUUGGUCUCCUAAGUCAUCCACAAAAUCUGUUUGAAAAGCUGAGGAGAUUGCCAAGAUCAGUGGAGACUAAUCCAGAGGAUGGCACACCAUGCCGCAGAUUGUAUUUGGUAGAAGCCUCUGCUUCUCCAGAUGAUCACACCACUUUAUAAGGCUUUAUAUGCACUGGAUCGCUGUUUGAAAUAUGAUUCUUCAUUUUCCUCUGAUUACUUGGAGAGUACGGUCGCACUCAAACCCAAAUGUGACUUUGUAUAAUACACUUAUCGAUAUUUUUCACUGACAAGAUUUUGUGGAUUA